AUUCUUCUCUAGCACUGCAUACAGCAAUAGGUUCAGGAGUAGAUUUCUUACUUAUCUUUUGUGUUCUAAUUCUCAAGUACACCUUCGAGACUCGCGAGAAAUUCGAGAACGGAACGGAAUAGUAAUAGGCCUAAGACUAAGUAAGAGUGCACAGGUCUCUCUAAGCUUAGACAGGAACAACCGCCGUUUCUGGGGAUUUAUUUAACAUUAAUUUCUGACAUUUUUUGAGUGGAGCCAACGCAGUUCAGCGGAACAACACGUCAACUCAACAACAGAGACUGAACUCUGAUUGAAGUUCGUCUUGAUGAUACUCUGACUGAGCUGAGCUCUGCUCGUUAAAGAGUCGUUUGGACGCAUACACAACUUACGUUGGACCCUCUAUUUAGAAUUAGAUAAGUUCCUAUAAUAAGAUGCAGCAACCACCCCCUCCUCCUCAGCAGAGAAAAAGGAAGGCUGGGAGUGAUGAUGGAGAAGAUGAUGAUUCUACAUCAGCUAAGCUAUCAAGGACGGAAGAUGACAAGCCUGACAAGGAACGAUUUGCUCGAGAGAAUCAUAGUGAGAUUGAAAGAAGAAGAAGGAAUAAGAUGACGGCUUACAUCACGGAGCUGUCUGACAUGGUACCUUCAUGUAGUGCCCUUGCUCGUAAACCAGAUAAACUUACAAUUCUACGUAUGGCUGUUUCACACAUGAAGUCUCUCAGAGGCACAGGGAAUACAAGCACAGAGGGAACAUAUAAACCAUCAUUUUUAACAGAUCAAGAACUAAAGCAUCUUAUUCUAGAGGCUGCUGAUGGAUUCCUCUUUGUAACUUCAUGUGAGAGUGGAAGGAUUAUUUACGUCUCUGAUUCUGUUACUCCAGUCCUCAACCAACCUCAGAAUGAUUGGAUAGGUGGAUCUAUCUAUGAUCUUGUUCAUACUGAUGAUGCUGACAAAGUUCGUGAGCAGCUAUCAACCUCCGAACCACAUAACAGUGGGCGUAUCUUAGACCUCAAGACUGGGACAGUGAAGAAAGAAGGCCAUCAAUCUUCAAUGAGGUUCUGCAUGGGAUCACGGCGUGGGUUCAUCUGUCGUAUGAAGUAUGGUAAUGCCCAGGUAGAUCCUAUGACUAUGAGCCGCUUCUGCCAUCUGAGGAAUAGAAGCAGUCUAGGAUCACCCAAAGAUACAGAACAGUAUGCUGUGGUCCACUGUACUGGUUAUAUCAAGAAUUGGCCACCAUCGGCAGGUAUGGUGCCAGUGAUGGAACAACAAGAAGGAGAAGGUGAGGCACAGAGUAGCAAUCACUACUGUCUUGUAGCGAUUGGUCGUCUUCAAGUGACUAGUACACCUAAUUGUGCUGACCUUGGUGGAGCCGGUACUCCUAAUGAAUUCAUCUCAAGACAUAGUAUAGAUGGAAAGUUUACCUUUGUGGAUCAGAGAGUUACUGGAGUACUUGGUUAUCAACCUCAAGAGCUUCUUGGUAAAUCUAGUUUUGAGUUCUACCACCAUGAAGAUCAAAGUCAUCUCAAAGACAGUUUUGAACAAGCUGUAAAGUUGAAAGGUCAGAUGUUAUCUCUGAUGUAUCGAUUCCAGUCUAAGAGUCGUGACUGGGUCUGGCUUCGUACUAGCUGUUUCAGUUUUCAGAAUCCAUACACUGAUGAGGUGGAGUACAUUGUGUGCACCAAUACAGCUAUCAAAAAUAUCCAACAACCCCAUGCUGGUCAAGAGAUGGAUGGGGCAGUGAGUACCAAACUGAAGGCACCCGGUGAACCUGUAGCAACCAUGACAGCAUAUGAUGCUUACCCAACCACUGCAACCGCUCCAACAGAUACCUUGACAGACCGUCUACCUGACAAGGCUAGUACUAGCACCAAAGCUGAUACAUCUAUGACAGGUAUGCGGAUGAACCAGGAACCUUCGACUGCUGGAGGAAUGUUUGCAGGGGGUGGAGGACUCCUUACUGCCCAACAAGCUCCUCAGCAGAAUAUCAUGGGCAGUGAUAAGGCAGGGCGGAGUAGCCAUGUGGCAGGAGCAUCAGGAUUCUCUUCUGGCUAUCACCAGAGGGGUCCACAGCUGUAUGGUCGUAGUGGAGCAGGAGAAGAGAGUAGUAAUACUAAGAGUUCACUAGGAGGAGCUAGUAGCAGUGGAGUAAUGGAAGACUCUGCAAAGGGUUAUGGCUCAGGACAGACAAGCUGGUCAGCAUCACAAUAUUCCUCUCAGAUCAAAAAUACCCAGAGUGCUUUGCCAGUGAGCAGUCAGUCAGGGGUACCCUUUACAACCAGGGCUAGCGGAGCAAUGACAUCAUCACCGACACCUUCAUACACCCAACUACAGUCUGGAGGAGGCCGGGGCUAUGGAUACCAACAAGAUAAAACAUUGCAAGGUUCCCAAGCUGGUCAGAUGGCUUACAGUGGACGUAGUGAUGACUCCUCAAUGGGACGGAGAGACCAUGGCAUGUGGCAGCAACAACAACAGCAACAGCAGCCACAACAACCACCACAGCAGCAACAGUGGCAACAAGCAACCAGCACUGCCCCUCCUACAGCUGAGAACCCCAGCGGAGGUGGGCAGGCCCCGCCGGUCCAGGAAGAGUUUACAGCAGACAUCUAUCGGAUGCUAGAGAGUCAACCUACUACCACUGGCUAUCCUGUCAAUCAACAGGUGGAAGAAUUCCAAGAUAUCUCUAUGUUUCCUGCCUUCUCAGAGUGAAAAUAUUUCAUCCAGGUUAGAUGAGGAGAACUUGCAUAUGUACAUCUAACCACCCUUAUAGUUUGGGCCUUCCUGAAGGCUUUUCUCUCUUUUUUCUUUCUAUGAAAGGUUGUUACUUUCUUACAUUAUCAUGGCUUUGUUCAGAAAUGUAAUAGGAAUGGAGGGGGCUGGACUAGUGUAUAUAAUGCUUGAUUAUUUGGGGGAUUGCUCUUGUUGAAAGUUGACACUUUCAGAAGGGUCUUCAUUUUCAUUUUCAUUUCAACAUUUGGAGCUAAUUAUUAAUUACUGAAAUGAAUGUUUUGAAGAUGAAAUAGCCCCCACCCUAUUUUAAGGUUAUUCUAAUUUUUCUUCAAAGUAACUUAGGCACAAGCACAUCAUCCGCGCUUCAGUGGUUAGAUACAUGAUGGGUAUGUCUAUGCAGGCACAGCGUAUCAUCUUUAGAAACGAAAGAUAAAAUUUAUCAGAAAUGUCAUCUCAGAAUAUUUAUUCAACAUUAUGAGAUAAAAUAAAAUAUUUAAGAAAUAAAAAUGACCUCAGAAUACCACUCUUAAGAUUCUACCACUUGGCUCAAUGCUUAAUAGAUAAAUUAAAAAAACCUAAUCAGGAAUCGUGCUUAUAAACACAUGCAGCCUUCUAGCCUUCAGAUCAAUCCUAGAACCGUUUCAGCAAGCUGUUUGUGUACCUGUGACUUGGCUAAUUAGGCAAUUAUCCUAAUUUUCUUUAUUGUGUAUUGUAUCCGUGACUGUUGAUCCUUUUUUUGCUAAAAUCAGAUUGUUAAUAGUAUGAAAUGAUUGAUAAAUUGUUUAUGUUUCCUGAGUGAUGCAUGGCUGAUUACUGCAAUUAUUCUCUAUUGCAUACUAUCCCUCAUUGGUCAAUGCUAGAGUUAUUUGACAUUCCUUUUUUUUUUUACUCUUCCCCAAAUAUUUGUUUCUUUCAUUUUAUGUUGAUAUAGGAGUUUGGGGUGGGAAAGAGAAGGGGUUCAUUUUGAUUCCCAUCUCCUUUAGAAAAUGAUUAGUUUCAUUGUAAUUCACAAUUGAAGGUACCUUCUGUCAUUAUUAAAAUUGACAUUGAAACCUUGAUUUUAAUUGUUUAUUGAGCAGUGAUACCAUAGAAUGAGUUGACAAUUUGAGACUAACGGCAGAGAGUAAAUCUUUGCAUUGAUAGUGCUCAGCAAAGAAGAGCUUUCUAAUACACUUUCAAACUAAUCUCCUUGAUUCACCAAUAUGGUUUGAUUCCAUGAUCUGAGACAAAGUUUUAUGCAGAUUUCAUCUA